AUGGCGAAGAAGGGAAAGAAGAGUCAAAAGGCUGGAGACUAUUUGGACGAAGAGCUUGAGGCAGAAAUGCCACAAGCCGAAGAAAUAGGCUCGGCUUCAUCCCCGGCCGAGACAGCAGAACCUAGCAGGGAGGCAACUCCAGCGGCAGCUGAAGAUUUUGCCGACGAUUUCCUAUCCAACUUGAAGCGUGCCAAGAACAAGAAACAGGCCAAGGCCAAGCAGGAGGAAGAAGAGAAGGCCCAGGCUCCACAGCAAAAGGGCCCUAUCAUUAAGAGUAAGAAGGAGAAAGAGAGAGAAAAGAAGGAGAAGGAGAAAUUGAGAAAGAAACAGCUCGCCGAGAGAAAGAAGGCCCAGGCUCCGAAGGAUGAUUCCAAGGAGACCACACCAGCGCCUGGCUCUGAAGGUUCAGAGCCUGCCAAGGAGGAAGCGGCCUCGAAAGAAGAGGAGAACAAGGCUGCUGCCAACAAGGGUGCCAAAAAGGCCAAAAAGAUGGCUGCUGGUAUUGCGGCUCUCAAGAAACAGAUGGAGCUCAGAAAACAGGCCGAGGAGGAGCAGAGACGUUUGGAAGAGGAAGAGAGACUGAGAGAGGAGGAAGAGCAGAAACGUCUUGAGGAGGAGGAGAAGGCCAAGGAGGAAGCCAAGAGAUUGAAGAAAGAGAAGGAUAAGGCCAAGAGGGAACAGCUCAAGAAAGAGGGCAAGUACCUGACCAAGAAACAGAAACAGGAGAAACAGUUGCAGGAGAGAAGAAGACAGCAGUUGCUCCAGGCCAGCAAUAUUAUUGUUCCGGGCGUUAUGAACCAGUCUGCCGAGCCAGUCAAGCCGAAGAAGGUUGUUUAUGGUUCCAAGAAGAAGCCUUCGAAGAAGCAGCAAGAGGAGGAUGAGGCUGCCCAGGCCGCUCAAGCCAAGGCGGUUUCUCAGACUGUCGAAGAAAAGACUACCGAAGAAGACGAGGAGGAAGAGGAAUUGGUCGACGACUGGGAGAAAAUGGCCCUCGAUGACGACGAGGACGUGGCUGCCGACUGGGAGGCUGCUCUGGACGAGGAAGAAGAGAACGAGGACGAAGAGACCGAGAAAGAGUCAUCGCAAGAGCCGCAAGCACAGAAAGAGCAGACAAGCGUUUCGGAGACGAAUGUGGAGGCUACCAAACAGAGUUCUCCUGCUCCAGAGAAGAAUGGCAAGCUUAACAAUGAGUCGAAUUUGCGCUCUCCUAUCUGCUGUAUUCUGGGUCACGUGGAUACCGGUAAAACCAAGCUUUUGGACAAAAUCAGACAGACCAACGUUCAAGGAGGCGAAGCUGGUGGUAUCACGCAGCAGAUCGGUGCCACAUACUUCCCGGUGGAGGCCAUCAAGCAGAAGACUGCGGUCAUGGCUCCAUACGAGAAGAUGGUAUACGAGGUUCCAGGAUUACUGAUCAUCGAUACUCCAGGUCACGAGUCGUUCACAAACCUGAGAUCCAGAGGUUCUUCUCUGUGUAACAUUGCCAUUUUGGUGAUCGACAUCAUGCAUGGUUUGGAGCAGCAGACGUUGGAGUCCAUCAGGCUUCUGAGAGACAGAAAGGCUCCGUUUGUGGUGGCUCUGAACAAGAUCGACAGACUGUACGACUGGAAGGCCAUUCCUAACAACUCGUUCCGUGACUCCUUUGCCAAGCAGACCAGGGCCGUGCAACAGGAGUUUGAGACCAGAUACACGGCCAUCAAGGUUGCGCUGGCCGAACAGGGACUUAACUCGGAGCUCUACUUCCAGAACAACAACCUGUCCAGAUACGUUUCGAUUGUGCCUACGUCUGCCGUUAGCGGAGAAGGUGUUCCGGACUUGCUGUGGUUGCUUCUGGAGCUGACUCAGAAGAGAAUGAGCAAACAGCUCAAGUAUCUCACGCAUGUGGAGGCCACCAUUCUGGAAGUCAAGGUUGUCGAAGGACUCGGAACCACCAUUGAUGUGGUGCUGUCGAACGGAAUUCUGAGAGAAGGAGACCGGAUCGUUCUGUGCGGUAUGAACGGUCCAAUUGUCACGAAUAUCAGAGCUCUGCUCACGCCUCCGCCGGCCAGAGAGCUGCGUAUAAAGUCCGAGUACGUGCACCACAAGGAGGUGAAGGCCGCUUUGGGUGUGAAGAUCGCUGCCAACGACCUGGAAAAAGCCGUUGCUGGUUCCAGACUGCUCGUUGUGGGCGAGGACGACGACGAGGACGAGCUUAUGGACGAGGUCAUGGACGACUUGACGGGAUUGCUCGACUCUGUCGACUCCUCUGGAAGAGGUGUCACCGUCCAGGCCUCGACGCUUGGUUCGUUGGAGGCCCUGCUGGACUUCCUCAAGGACAUGAAGAUCCCGGUGAUGUCCAUCGGCCUGGGUCCUGUUUAUAAAAGAGAUGUGAUGAAGGCCGCUGCCAUGUUGGACAAGGCCAAGGAGUAUGCGGUCAUGCUCUGUUUCGACGUCAAAAUCGACAAGGAGGCUGAACAAUACGCCAAUGAGCAGGGCGUCACCAUCUUCAACGCCGAUAUUAUCUACCAUCUGUUCGACUCGUUCACGGCCUAUCAGCAGAAACUGCUGGAGGAGAGAAGAAAGGAGAACCAGCAAUAUGCCAUCUACCCAUGUGUGCUGAAGACUUUGCAGAUCAUCAACAAGAGAAACCCAAUGAUCAUUGGUGUGGACGUUGUGGACGGCAUGGUGCAAAUUGGAACUCCGAUUUGUGUGGUGAAGCCAGAUCCUGCUACCGGCAGAAACGCUCCGCUACCACUCGGAAAAGUUGUGUCUCUAGAGGUCAACCACCAGUCCAGAGACUCUGUCAGAAAGGGCCAGACCAACGCCGGUGUGGCAAUGAGAUUGGAGGCUCCUUCGGGACAGCAGCCUACCUGGGGAAGACAUGUUGAUGAAAAAGAUCCUCUGUACUCUUUGAUCUCGAGAAAGUCGAUUGACACUCUGAAAGACCCAGCAUUUAGAGACUCUGUGCCUAGGGAGGACUGGCUGCUGAUCAAGAAACUCAAGAAUACCUUGGAUAUCCAGUGA